CUCUGCCAUGAUUCCUUAUCCGAUCAUAGCGCAAACCCAUCUAUGCUUAAAAUGACUACUUGGAUCAGCUCGGUUUUUGCGUAAAAAGCACCGUCAAAUCGGGAAAACAUGCAGGAGAAGCUAACGGACAACCAGAUUCCCACUUCAUCAAGGGCGUCGUCGUUUUUUAUCGAGAACUUACUGGGCAAAGGGCGGAAUGGGCAGGAGUCGAUGUCGGCCAACAAACGUGGGGAAGCUGGUGUUGAGACGGUCUCCACCGGCCGAGUCCUCAACUCACAACAAGCUGACACGAGCGCUCCAGCGCCCGAUGGCUCCAGCUCCACAGCUCGGUCCCCGUACAGAGACUUGCAGUGGUACCGUGAGGGGACUGCCUUAAACUUUAGAGCUAUGGAAAUACCACAGAGUCCAAGAGAAAAUCUAAGUUCAGACGACCACUGCUGCUCCAUGUCGACCAGUGACAGAUGCUCCCCCGCCGUUUCGGAGCCGAUAACGGAGGGCAGCGACGAAACCGACAGGAAAACAGGCGACAGCAACCUGACAGACGACAACGAGGACGCGCAGAACGGGUUUGAUGCACCGUCAGGGCAGGACGCAUCCUCGGACCUGAGCUCCAACCGGAAGAAAAAGACUCGGACCGUGUUCAGCCGCAGUCAGGUGUUUCAGCUGGAGUCCACCUUCGACGUGAAACGGUACCUGAGCAGCUCGGAGAGAGCGGGGCUGGCAGCGUCUCUCCACCUGACAGAGACUCAGGUCAAAAUCUGGUUCCAGAACCGGAGGAAUAAAUGGAAGAGACAGCUGGCGGCGGACCUUGAGGCUGCACACAUCCCACACUCGACCCAGCGCAUUGUCAGGGUCCCCAUUCUGUAUCACGAAGGACCCGCCUCUACUGCGGCGCUGGGUUUCAACCUGAACGGACAUCCAGUUUCUUCACCUGUCGCGGGCUUCUCCAACUACCCUCUGUCUUCGUUCGCUCACUCCAUGAGCCUUUUAAGGUCGCAGAUGACGGGCUUGGUGUAAAGACUGCUGAAUACUGAUAUAUAUAAAUAAAAACCCUGUUAAUCGUGCAAUAACCCACAAAGCCGCAGAAAAUUGUUGACUGCAUCCAAAGAGCCGCAGAGGCCGUGAUAAUAACAUAGUAAUGAAUCAUCUUUAUAUGUCUGUUCAUAUGCCUCUACAUGAGCCUGUGCUCCUGUCACAGAAUAGACUAUGACAGCCACGCAUGGC